AUGACCGCGCGAUCGUUGCGUCGCGUGCAGGACGCCGACCUCAGAGAUAAGGUCGUGCUCGUCCGCGUGGACCACAACUGCGUCAAGGAUGGCGUCAUUCACGACACCUUCAGGGUCGACCAGUCCAUCGCCACCCUGUACAACAUCGUCGAACGCGGUGGCCGUCCCAUCCUCAUGACCCACGUCAACCGCCCCUUCGACAAGAAACGCAAGGAGAUCUCGUGCAGGGACGAGGACUCCGUCACGGCCGUCGUCAGGUACCUCCAGCAUAAGCUCGGGGUGGUGUUCGCGGUGCCGACGUUCCGGGUCGAACCAGGGCGCGGUAUCCUCGACGUCGACACCAGCGUCAACUGGCUCAUCGAAGAUCUGAAGCACCGCAGAGUGGGCGGCGUCUACCUUCCCAACACGCGAUGGUUCGAGGGCGAGGAGGGGCUCGCCGCGGCUGACGCCGUCGCAGCGCGCGAGAGGUUCGCGACACAGCUGGCGGGCCUCGCGGACGUGUUCGUCAACGACGCCUUCGGCUCCUGGCAGCCGCACGUCAGCACCUUCCACGUUGCCAAGCUGCUGCCCUCCUACGCCGGUCUCCUCAUGCAGAAGGAGGUGCAAGCGCUCUCCGCGCUGACCGAACCGAGAAGGCCGUUCCUGGCGGUCAUCGCCGGGAGCAAGCUCGACACCAAGAUGGGGUGCGUCGAGGCGAUCGCGAAAAAGGCGGAUCACGUCAUGCUGGGCGGGCAGCUGUACAACGCCUACAUAGCCGCCAAGUUUGGGGUGACAAUCGCCGGCGUAGAUCCCCUCGACGUGGAGAUUGCCAAAUCACAGCUGUUGGUCCCGGAAGUUGAGAGAAAGCUGGUGCCGCUGUCGACGGUCAUCGAGAGCGACAGCCUCGACGGGUGCGGGUGCGUGCCCGUCGCGGGAAAGUGCGGCAGCGGCGACGGCGAUCGCAUCCGCGCCCGACGUCUCGCCGACUUGAAACCCGGGGAAACAACCGGAUACUUUCUGGACGUAUCCGCCGAGUCGUUCAAAGAUGCGAGGGUCGCCGAGGUCAUCGCCGGCGCGAAGACCAUCUUCGUCAACGCCGUGAUGGGGCUCACGCCAGCGGGUUUCCACGAGGGAACCGCCGCUCUGGACGCGGCAAUCGCGAGUAACGUCGACGCGAGAAAGUACUUUGGAGGCGGCGACACGCUUCAGGAGUUUAAAUCCCUGAGCCCCGGGCUGUACAUGACGGCGCUGGAGUGUCCGAGCUAUUACCUCUUCACCGGCGGGGGUACCGUGUUGAAGGCGCUGGAGCUGGGAGGCGCGACGAAGCUGCCGUGCGUGGAACUUUUGACGGCGGCGGAUGGAGAGGAGCCGUCGAGGCUGGAGAAGCCGAAGUGCAUGGCUCUGGAGUCCUGCGACUGCGGCCCCACCCCGGCGUAGGAGGUGAGAACAGACGUCACGAAGGUACUUUGGAUUGCACAAUAAUAACACGCGCGCGUCUCUAGCU